GCUGUUUUUGAACGCACAAUUUCCUAGUUGUUUAAGGACAAGUUUGUCGUUUUUAAUUUAAUACAAUUAAAUAUUAAAUAAAUAAAAAUAUGUCGAAGGUAAUUGAGAUUUCUGAUUCAGAUGAAGAGUCGGAACGAAUGGUAACUAGCAGUGAAGUAGGCAACUUCCAGCCUGUGAACGUGCCGACAAUCAAUUCCUCUUCUGCUGAAAAUUUGUCGACGAUUGCUGUUGAAACGGCGGUGGCUACAUCUGGUAGAACAUCUCCACUCCCCCUAAUCAUUUCGGAAGUAAUUUCUAUGAAUACAUCGCCACUUCCCACUAUUGUAAGUGUGCAUGGAAGUCCAGCUACAAAUAGUUCAAGUACACCCUCUGCGGCUAGCACAUCAAGUGCAGCAAAUAUACAACCAAAUAAACGCAGUCGGCGGAAGAGCAUGCAUCAUCCACUAUGUGCAAGUCCGGAAAUUGAAUUUGAAACAAUCGCCUUGGAUGAUGACGAGGACAAUACAACAACAACAACGCCCUCCAAGUCCAAAAAUAAAAACCACACGACUGAUAUCGUGCAACAAAUUAAAUCGCCGAAAUCACACAAAACAUCGCCGAAAAUCCUCAAUACUAAACCAACUGACGGCAACAUCAGUAAAAAAUUAGCAGAUGCGCGUAAUGAUUUUCUAAUGUCAGAUGAAACCAAUGCUUUGUUACGACAAAUAGCCGAAGACAGAGUCCGCAUAAACUUUCUGCUCGCAUCUUAUAAUAUGCCAGAGAUACAGUUUUCUUUGCAUACGAAGCCGGAAGUUUUGCAAUUUCAGUUGGAAGAGCGUAUCAAACACCGGAGAAGGCGUUGUCAAGAGGCGUCAAAUCAACUAAAGAAACGACGAAGUUUGUUGCAAAAUAGCAAUAGCCGGACGGGAAGUUAAGUUGAGCUUGAGGUAGACAAAACAUCGUAAGUGUUUUUUUGGCGAAUACAUAUCUGUAUUAGCUAAUGUCGAAAAGCUGGCUUUAGUAUAAUGCGGCAUUCGAAGCAUACGAUAGCGAAUGACUCACUGCAGUCAUAUUUAGAAUAUAUUUAGAAAGAAAUUAACAUAAUUUUAAUAUUUGUUAUUAAUUUGCUGAAAUUCAUAUUUGCUUAAAAGAUAGUAUUAGGUUACAAAUUGUAGGAAACCACAUCAAGAUCAAAAUCAAUGGCACAUUUACGUUUAUACAUUUGCAUACAUACAUGGCAUACAUGCAUACAUUUGAUAAAUAAUAUAUAUGUAUAUAUAACAUUAUAAAGGGCUGUUUGCAGCUCAAGAAAAA